GAGUUAAUCGGGGACUGGUCGUGUGCGGAGAUGUUGGUGCUCUUCGAGACCCCCGCGCGGUUCACCCUAUUCAAGGUGCUCGACAAGGUCGAGGAUCUAUGGAAGGAGUUCACGACGUCGGACUCAGCGAGAAAGGUGGUCGAGCUGAAGGCUUUCAACAAGUUUGAGAACACAUCUGAUGCCCUAUCCGCGGCAACCCUGAUUAUUGAUAGCAAGCCUAGCAAGGGUCUGCGCAAGUUCUUGCAGAAACAUUGUGAGGGUGAAACAUUAGCAGUAGCUGAUUCUAAGCUUGGAAAUGCUAUAAAAGAAAAGCUGAAAAUUGACUGCCUUCACAAUAGUGUUGUGAUGGAGCUGAUGAGAGGAUUGAGAAAUCAGCUUACCGAGCUUAUAACUGGGUUGGGUGCACAAGACCUUGGUCCAAUGAGCUUGGGAUUGUCCCACAGCUUGUCUAGGUAUAAGCUGAAGUUCAGCCCUGAGAAGGUUGAUACAAUGAUCAUUCAAGACAUUGGAUUAUUGGAUGAUCUUGACAAGGAGCUUAACACUUAUGCCAUGAGAGUUCGUGAAUGGUAUGGCUGGCACUUUCCAGAGCUCACCAAAAUAGUUACAGAUAAUAUACAGUAUGCCAAAGUUGUGAAGAUGAUGGGCAACAGAGUUAAUGCAGUCAACCUUGACUUCUCUGAGAUAUUGUCAGAUGAAGAGCUAGAAACACAGCUAAAGGAGGCAGCAGUAAUAUCCAUGGGAACAGAAGUUAGUGACCUUGACUUAUCGAAUAUCAGAGAGCUAUGUGAUCAAGUGCUGGCCCUUUCUGAGUACAGAGCCCAGCUGUAUGACUAUUUAAGAAGCAGGAUGAACACUAUUGCACCAAAUUUGACAGCACUGGUGGGUGAAUUAGUUGGCGCUCACCUUAUUGCACAUGGUGGAAGUUUGCUAAAUUUGGCCAAGCAGCCUGGUAGCACAAUUCAGAUACUUGGUGCAGAGAAGGCUUUAUUCAGAGCUCUAAAGACAAAGCAUUCUACACCUAAGUAUGGCCUCAUCUACCAUGCAUCCUUAAUUGGCAAGGCUUCUCAAAAGCACAAGGGAAAAAUCUCCCGUUCUCUUGCUGCAAAAACGGCUCUUGCCAUCCGGUAUGAUGCCCUUGGUGAUGGUGAGAACAAAAUCCUUGCGUUGCGGCGCGGCAAGCUUCUCCGAUUUGCGGCGCGGCAAUUCAGCGAACGCCUUCUGGCUUUUAUCCCGUGGAACGGCCGUGAUGUUAGAGUUAUUCGUCCGCAGGCGCUAAUGUCAUGUCAAACAUCCUGCUUCCUGCAUGGGUCGCUCUCGGAGCCUCCUCUCGGUCGUGAAACCUUACUGCCCUCCCUUCUCGAUCGUGACUCCCACUACAACGAGUAA